AUGAAGGAAGCCCGAUCAAAACGGAAAUCAUGGACAGAAGCCGAAUUAAGGGAACUAGUGUCGCUAGUGGAACAGCAUGGCACACGCUUUACAAAAAUUCAAAAGCAUUUUUCAAAUAAAAUACGUACCGUGGCGGCAUUAGCUACAAAAUAUAAGAUUUGGAUUGCAUCACUCAACAAAGAUAAAAUUGAAUCCGAAUGGACUCCACAAGAAGAUCACCAAUUACGUAUAGGCAUAUUAACAUUUGGAGUUGGCGAAUGGGGAAAAAUCUCGGAAUACAUGAAAACUAAGAAUAUUUCACAAAUUAGCCGUAGAUGGCAAAAAAUAAGUCAGACAAGACGCGGUAGGUGGACUGCUGCAGAAAAUGCGAUGCUAGAGAAAUUGCAUAACGAUCAUGGCAAACAGUGGGCACAAUUCGCUGGUAUUCUGGGUCGUCCAGCAAGGAAUAUUAGAGUACAUUAUAGUUUUCAGUUUGAAAAAUGGUCAAAACAGGAAGAUGAAUUGUUGACGAAUAGUUUGAAAGAGUUUGGAUUUGAUUGGGAAAAAAUUUUAGAAAGAUUUCCAAAUAGAACUAUUAGAAAACUUAAAUCAAGGGUUGAUAAAUGUACUUCAAUUAAUCCGUUUGUUAACCAUGGAUCUUGGACCGCUGAAGAACAAAAAUUAUAUGAAAAAGCUAUUUGUGCGCAUGGAAGCAAAUGGUUAGACGUGGCAUUGGUUGUUAAAACUAGAACUCCUAAGCAAUGUGCGAAUCACUAUACACAUUACGUUAAAAGUUUUUGUAGCGAUCGCGAAAAGUUACUUGGAACUUACAAGGCUAAAAGGCGUAGGAGGAGAAGAACGAAAUUCGAUCAUCUAGAAAAUAUAGAGUUAAAUGAGACAAGAAUGCUUAAAAUAUGGGAUUAA